CAGCAGCAGGGUAAAUGUGGGACACCUUUUCCCAGCAAUACUUCACUUCAACAUAUGACAAGGAGAAGCCAAAUCCUCGUCUGCCUUGUUUAAAAAGAAGUCCAGGUUGGAGGAGCCUUCAUGUCUUCUGGGAGCUUCUUCUGAUUAUGAGAAUCAAGCUGGCCCGCUCCUGCCCCAUGGUCCGCCUCACCCCCUUGCUUUGGGCGUUCCUGCUCAUCCUCCUCGUCGGCGCCGCGCUGACGUCCCUGAUGCCGGCCGGAGAGCAUCAGAGACCGGACGAUGAUGAGGACGAGCCCCAAGAGCUGGAUAAGCUGGACGUGCUGCGCAGGGAAUCAUUUCACAGGGAGAUCCAUGAAGAGGAGCGUGAGACCGACGAGCUGACCGAGGAGCAGUUCACCAUCAUCAUCCAGACCUACAACCGCACCGACAUCCUGCUCAAGCUGCUGAACCACUACCAGGCGGCGCCGCACCUCCAGCGCAUCGUGGUCGUCUGGAACAACAUCGGGGAGAGGACGCCUCAGUGGCUGUGGGACUCUUACGGGCCUCAUGCGGUCCCGGUGGUCUUCAAGGAGCAGACCGUCAACCGGAUGCGCAACAGACUGCAAGUGUUUCCCGAGAUCGAGACUGACGCCGUCUUUAUGGUGGAUGAUGACACUCUCAUCAGCAUUCCCGACCUCAGCUUUGCUUUCUCUAUCUGGAAGCAAUUUCGGGAGAAGAUUGUUGGAUUUGUGCCACGUAAGCACGUCUCCGGGCCGGGAGGAGUGCUCACCUAUGGCAGCUUUGAGACGCAGAAUCCAGAAAACGGUGGAGGUGAUCGGUACUCCAUGGUGCUGAUCGGCGCGGCGUUCUUCCGGUACCGCCACCUGCAGCUCUUCCAGGACCAGCCCGCGGAGGUCCACGCCAUUGUGGACUUCACACAGAACUGUGACGACAUCGCCAUGAACUUCGCCGUGGCCCUGGAUCUAAAGAAGCGCUCCCCGUUGGAGACGCCCUGCCAAACCUCGGGGAUCUUCGUCAAACCCGUGGACUUCCGGAACCUGGAAAGCCAGGCCCGCAGUGGGUACCAGGGCAUGUGGCACCGCCCCGAACACCUCCUGCAGAGGUCCUUCUGUCUGAACAAGCUGGCCCAGAUCUACGGAGGCAUGCCUCUCUGCUACUCCAACGUCAUGGUGUCCCAGUUCGGCUUCCCCAACUAUGCAAACCACAAACAGCGAGGCUGACGUUUGGCUCAGGUUAGCUCGCAUUGUCUGAGUUCUCUGGGAUCCAAUCAGCAGCUGGGGAAUGCAUUCAGAAACCAAAGACACUUAAAGGACUUUCUGUCAUCGAGUUUUGGUAGUGGAAGUACGGUCACUCUCACUUCUAUUGGUUUUUAUGUCGAUCUUCUGUAGGCGUCAUCGUUGGGCCAAAGCUUUUGUGAAGAAAAUCAGUGUAAAUAAAGUUUUUUGUACAUUUAGAAGAUCAAUGCAGUUAUUUUUAUGGAAGGAUCUAUGUUUGGAAAACUGUAUCAUGUGAUUUUAAUGUUAAAAUCUUAAGUGGAUAGAUUAAAAAAAAGAGAAAUAAAUGAAAAAACUUUUUCUGUAUCUCUACUUUUGUGUUCAGUUGCACUGAACAAAAAUACAAACACAACACUUUUGUUUUUUGAGCUGAACUCAAAGAUCAAGAUUUUUUAUUUAUUUGUGCACAGAAUCAAGUUUUGCAGAAACUUCUGUGUCGGUUCAUUGUGUGCUGUUAAAUGAGAAAACUCAAUGAUUAGUAGCAUGCAGGAGGGCGAAUAAUUCCAAAAUACUAAGCUUUUCAUGUAACUUGACCAUAAACUGUUUAUUGAAGAUAUACGAAUGGAGAAAGUUCAGUUUACUC